CAGAGGAAGUACCAGAAGAAGAAAGAAAGAACACCAACCCAAGACAUUCAACAAAAACACAAGCAAAACAACUUUGUCAGAUAUCAAAAAAUCCCAUCUUCAAUUACCGCCAGGCCACUCAUUAUUCAGCUGAGAGCUGAUUGAUCUACUACUCAUUUUGUGGUGGUUGUUGGUUCAUCAGCAAUGGUGGGCGCCACAUCGGCGCUUUUCGUCUUGGACAUCAAGGGUCGAUGCUUGAUCAGCCGGGAUUAUCGUGGGGACAUCUCUGCUGUUCAAGCUGAAAAGUUUUUUGCUAAGCUUCUGGAGAAAGAGGGUGACAUAGAGUCUCAUGGUCCUGUAUGUUAUGAUGAUGGUGUGACCUAUAUGUUUAUUCAACACAACAACGUUUUCUUGAUGACGGCGUCAAGGCAAAACUCUAACGCUGCCAGCCUUCUCCUUUUCCUGCAUCGUGUAGUUGAUGUUUUCAAGCAUUAUUUUGAAGAGCUCGAGGAGGAGUCCUUGAGAGAUAAUUUUGUUGUUGUGUACGAAUUACUUGAUGAGAUGAUGGACUUUGGUUACCCUCAAUACACGGAAGCGAAGAUUCUUAGUGAGUUUAUCAAGACUGAUGCAUACAGAAUGGAGGUCACUCAGCGCCCCCCUAUGGCUGUGACAAAUGCAGUUUCAUGGCGCAGUGAAGGAAUAGUGUAUAAGAAAAAUGAAGUAUUCCUGGAUGUGGUAGAAAGUGUAAAUAUACUGGUGAACAGCAAUGGCCAAAUAGUUCGUUCAGAAGUGAUUGGGGCUCUGAAAAUGAGAACCUAUUUGAGUGGCAUGCCUGAGUGUAAGCUAGGCCUUAAUGACAGAGUUCUUUUGGAAGCUCAAGGUCGUUCUACAAAAGGAAAAGCUAUUGAUUUAGAUGAUAUCAAAUUUCACCAGUGUGUACGUUUGGCUCGGUUUGAAAAUGACCGAACAAUAGCUUUCAUACCACCUGAUGGUACAUUUGAUCUCAUGACAUAUAGACUUAGUACUCAGGUAAAACCACUAAUUUGGGUGGAAGCUCAAGUUGAAAGGCACUCAAGGAGUAGGGUUGAAUUUACCGUAAAGGCCAGGAGCCAAUUCAAAGAGCGCAGCACUGCAACAAAUGUGGAAAUCGAGUUGCCUUUGCCAUCUGAUGCAAUGAAUCCCAAUGUACGAACCUCAAUGGGAUCUGCUACUUAUGCACCAGAGAAGGAUGCAUUAUUAUGGAAAAUUAAAUCUUUUCCUGGUAAUAAGGAGUAUCUCCUAAGGGCUGAGUUUCGGCUUCCUAGUAUAAGUUCUGAAGAUGCAGCUCCUGACAGAAAAGCUCCUAUUCGUCUGAAGUUUGAGAUUCCAUAUUUUACUGUCUCUGGUAUUCAGGUUCGAUAUCUUAAGAUCAUUGAGAAAAGUGGAUAUCAGGCACUUCCAUGGGUUAGAUACAUAACAAUGGCUGGUGAAUAUGAACUAAGGCUUAUCUGAAAGCAGCCUGCAGUUGCUGUGGAUUCUGAUGACUUUGUAGCAAGCUAUCAGUAAGUGUAUUAUCCAAAGUCAUUACUCGAUGCUUCAUUCAUGAGGGCCUUUGAGCAUUUUUGUGAGUUCUUCAAUGAAGUUGCGUAUGGUAGAAUCAGUACUGAACCUCUUAUUAAGCUUGUUCAUAGUUGCAUCAGAUUGCUUCUAGCAGGAUGUUUUCAUUAGGAGCUUAUGCUUGUUCAUUCUCAACAUUGUCAAAUUCUGCCAUGCAAAUUAACGCUACAUCACUGGUUUUAUAUAUUCAAUUCUUCAGAUUACCUUCUCA